GAGGCGACUAGGACGUACAUUAGAGAUCGUUAGAUCGUUAGAUCAUUCCCAAUCGAUCCUCGAUACCCCCUACCAUAUACAAGUUAAGGGGAUGCCAUCGUUUCGGGGGUGACGGAGUGCUCUUAUCGCGGUGAUGCACUUAGGAACGUCUCAGGUGUCGGAAGAAUCGCAGGACGCGCCGAUGGAGGUUCCAAAAACGUUCUAUCUUACGUGGAAGGACAUUUCCUAUACGGUCGCGAAGAAGAGGAUAAAAAAUUCAGCGAAAGAAUGGCUCGUGGGUGGAGAGGUCGAACGCGUCCGGCUUCUGCACGAAGUUAGCGGCGUGGUAAAGUCCGGGACAAUCGUGGCGAUCAUGGGACCUAGCGGAGCUGGAAAAACCACCCUUCUCGCAACGAUCGCCCAGAGAGUAAAAGGCGAAUCUCGGGGAAAAAUUCUGCUGAACGGGCAGCUCCUCGACAAGGAGACCAUGGCCAGAAUGUCCGGAUUCGUUCCUCAGGUGGACCUCGCCGUGGAGUCCUUGACCGUCCAGGAACACAUGGAAUUCAUGGCUCGCAUGAAGAUGGACAGAAGAUUCCGAGCUCUCCAGAGGAAGCACCGAAUCCAUUGCCUCCUCACCGAUUUAGGCCUUCUCGAGUGCGGCAACUCGAGAUUAUCUUCCUUGUCAGGAGGCGAGAGGAAAAGAGUGUCCCUGGCCGUGCAACUGCUGACGGAGCCGAGUAUCCUGUUCUGCGACGAGCCCACCACAGGACUCGACAGCUACUCGGCCAUGUCGGUUGCCAAAACUUUGAGAGACGUCGCAGCCAGAGACCGAGUGGUGAUCUGCACCGUCCAUCAACCAGCUUCCGGUUUACUGGACCUCUUCCACGAGGUCUUGCUUUUGAGAGCCGGAAGAGUGGCCUUUCAAGGAACCGUCUCGGAUGCGAACGAAUUUUUCGCCAGCCUGGACCUCCAUUGCCCGGCCACUUUCAACCGAGCGGAAUUCUACGUCUCCCAGUUAUCCCUGACUCGCGAGAGCGGGGAGAAAAGUUACGAGAAGGUGAAGUACAUCUGCGAGGACUUCGAGAGAUCGGAGUUUGGGAAAAAACUGGCCAUGGCCAUAGCGGACUCCUGCGCCGUUUCGAUUUGCCCAGAAAUGCUGCACCCGAUUUUUCUCGAGAAGGUCUCUUCCGUCAGCGGGUUCAAAAGGAUUCGACCGUUCACCCAGAUCGAGUGGCUAGCCUGGAGAUCGUACGUCGAUUCCAAGAGAAACCUCAUGUCCCUCUUCGUGAGAUCCGCGCUGUACAUAGGGAUCUCGGUGUUAAUUUCGACCCCCUUCGUCGGGAUCACCGAGAACCUCGACCAAAAGAAUAUUCAAAACAUGCAGGGCCUGAUGUACUUGGUGAUCACCGAGACCGUCUUCACGUUCAACUACGGUGCAUUUUACACGUUCCCCCGAGAAUUGCCUUUUUUACUGCGCGACAUGGCGAGCGGCCUUUACGACCCCGCGCCUUACUACGUCAGCAAAGUGAUCAUUCUGACACCAGGGACGAUAGUACUUCCGUUCAUUUACGCCGCGGUCAUCUUUAACGUGGCAGGUUUGAACGGAGGCUUCCUUGGAUUCGUAUAUUUCCUUAUCCCGAUUAUUCUCGGCGCCAUGUCCGCGACGGCCCUCGGGUGCCUGAUGUCAGCUGUUUUCGAGUCGAUCAGCGGAGCAUCCCUUCUGUCAGUGCCCAUCGACUUCCUGACCCUCAUCUUCAGCGGAGUUUUUCUGCACCUCGGGAGUUUGCCUCCCUUCACGUCCUGGCUAAAGUACACAUCGCAGUUCUAUUACGGCGGGGAAGCAGUCUCGCUAUUACAGUGGAGCGAAAUUCGACACAUAGAUUGUCCUGCGGAUCCCGAAGGACCCUGCGUGUCGACCGGAUUGGAAGUCCUAGAAAAAUACGGCUUCCAGCCCGGCAAUUAUCCCGUCGACCUCAUCGGACUUUUCGCUCUCUAUUCCGUUGGCCACUUCGUCGGAUACCUCUGCAUCCGCCUCAGAAGUCAGAAGGAGCCGGUUUAUUAACCCCCCUACAGGGAAUAAUUUUAAGAAUAGAAGAAAACAACUAGAAUCUACUAUAAAAAUAAUAACGAGUCUCUCGAA